GCCAAUAAGUCGAGUUGCCGAUAGCAGAGGAUAGAGAGGAGAGGGGAGAGAUGGCCGUUGCAAUGGGAAGUAGAACCCUCUUUCAGCCUCUCUCAGCUGCUGCUCUUGCUUCUGCUUCUUCUUCUUCCACAUUUGCUGGUAAGCACAUUAGCAGUUACCCGUUCGUUAGUACCUUCUCGCCUGUAAGCCCAACAACCACCACUUCGCGUCCCCACUCAACCAUAGUUCGAGCACAGCGACCCACCUGGCUUCCUGGACUCGACCCACCUCCUCACCUCGAUGGAACUCUAGCCGGAGAUUAUGGUUUCGAUCCUCUCGGGCUCGGAGAGGAUCCAGAAAGUUUGAGAUGGUAUGUGCAGGCAGAACUGGUGCAUGCUCGUUUGGCAAUGGCUGGAGUUGCCGGAAUUCUAUUUACUGAUUUACUUCGUGUGACAAAAAUCAGCAAUUUACCAGUUUGGUACGAAGCAGGGGCUGUGAAAUUCAACUUUGCCAGCACAGAGACCUUGUUCAUUGUUCAACUAUUGUUGAUGGGAUUUGCAGAGACAAAGAGGUACAUGGAUUUCACUAAUCCUGGAUCCCAGUCUCAAGAGGGAACUUUCUUUGGGCUUGAAGCUGCGCUAGAAGGUUUAGAACCAGGCUACCCUGGUGGUCCAUUGCUCAAUCCUCUUGGUCUAGCUAAAGAUAUAAAAAAUGCUCACGACUGGAAGCUCAAAGAGAUCAAGAACGGACGGCUGGCAAUGGUGGCCAUGCUUGGUAUAUUCAUCCAGGCAAAUGUGACUCAUGUCGGUCCCAUUGACAAUCUCAUGGAGCAUCUCUCUGAUCCGUGGCACAGAACUGUAAUCCAGACAAUGUGUGGUGCAGGUUCUUGAAUAUAAGGAAACUCAGUUCC